GAAUAAAUCCGCAGGUCCGAUAGCAGCAAUAAAGCAAGGGCUCAAAUUACAUCCAAAGUCCCGCGACGGAUGGCAAGAAGACGCCUACCACGAGCUUCUGUGGCUAGUCUCAACAUUUGUCAGCCCUGCACACGCGCUCCUAUUCUUGAAGGGCGAAACUCGUCCAGUAUAUGAAGCGAAACAAGGAUUCGCUCCUGUGUCCCAUAUUUCAGAGCAAAGCGACUGAACUUGGGCUUUGCAAUAAUGUCCAAGGCCUUCCUGAGCACCAACAGCUGCAAGAGAAACAUCAUAAUGGGCGAGCAAGCAGCCCCACACAGCAGUGCAUACCUACUCCGACAUCUAAUGCCUCUCCCUCCGGGCAAGAUCUCAAUCCCUUGGCUGCAGAAGCAACACCAAGCAACGGCCUUGGAGUCAUGCUCAGCCGUGCAAUAUCUCCACAGCCGCGGUGGAACGAGCAGGGAGUGUUUUGUGAAGUUACGCCACACGAUGCUGGCCUCCAUCGUACAUUAGCCACUAAGAUUUCGGGAGACCAGCCACCAGAACAACUACAAGUCGCACUAGCGCACCAGAAAAGUACCUUGUUACGCAAAGGAUUCGUCUCCGACCGUUCCAGAGUGUCACAUUCACCGUCCCCACCUCAGACUCUGCUGGUUUCUGAGAAACUGUUCCAUAAUAUCCAGGUAUAUUUCGAAAACACUUGUCGAAAUAUGAUUUUAGACGACCAUGGGACCCUCCUCACUCCAAAUGGCGCCAAGUUACAUAAUGACCUAUGUAACGAUUUCGACUCGUACUGCUUUACUGCUACCAUGCUCAAAGAAAAGGGAUUGCACGUCCAGUUUCGCCGCGCACUUUCCAAAGCCUUUGCUCUCAUCGAACAAAUCCUUCGAGCCGAGCAUCCUCGAACCCUAGCCUGCUUUCUCGAAGUGUUCAUUCACCUCAUACAAACCGGGCUCCCUGAAGUAACUUCCUCUCUCCGUGGCUUCAUCAAAGAAAUGUCCGCAACAGUCACCAGGGAGGGGCAUCCUUGGGGUCAAAUAUGUCGGCUUCUCGGUGAACUUGACUCGGAAUCUCUUGGCCAGGCCAUGGCACAAAUUUGGAAAUGCACUACUGAUACUUUUGAUAGCGAACUCGGAACGUUCAGUCGACUCGCUGUGUCUGUUCGUCUCGAUUACAUAAAGCGCGUGUACGGGAUUACGGAUUGUCCUGAAGAAGAACGGCUUCUUCGAGAUCUCCUUACUCAAUUCGAAGGCAUUCCUACCCCCCCGCCCCCGCGGGUGAUACUCAACCUAGCGCAUAAUUUGAACAGACAGGGACGCCAUGGCGAAGCGGAGGGAAUGGCGCUGAAAGUCCUUUUGCUGCUUCAAGAACACGAGAUAGUCGAGACGAUAGAAUUUCUGAAAAUCAUUUCUCGCAGUCAAUUUAACCAAGGGAAGACUCUGGUAGCAGAGCAGACUAUGCGAAUGGCGAUACGAAUGAUUGUGGAUCAGUGGGGAAAACAACAUUCUUGGGUCCCUGAAUUUAUGAAUGUUCUAGAGGGUUGGCUUCGAGGUUGGGGCCAGGAGGAGGACGCCAACACACUACGGGGAGAAAUAGAAGAGUUGAUAGGGAAGAAUGAAAUUGACGAGUAGCCUAAUAGGGUAUAAGGCUUGCUUUGUUGAGACGACAUCGGAAGAAGCCUGAAUUAUAUACACCCUACCGGAAGGAGUUGAUUCAAUAAUGACUGGUCCUCAUAGGUGGUUGCAUAUUU